GUCACAAUUCAUUCAAGAUAUUGUUAAGCAGGUUAAAGAUAAACUUCAUCGCACUGCCUUAUAUGUCCCCCCUUAUUUAGUUGGGAUAGAUUCUCUUAUGACAUGCAUUAAUCGGUGGAUAGAAGAAGAUGGAUCAGAUAACAUUGGGAUUGCAACAAUUUGUGGAAUUGGAGGGAUUGGGAAGACAACCAUUGCCAAAGUUGUUUACAAUCAAAACAUCCAAAGAUUUGAAGGUUAUAGUUUCCUUGCUUAUGUUAGAGAAACAACUCUAGAGUGUAAUGGCUUGGUUCGGUUGCAAAGACAACUUAUUUCAGAUAUCCUUAAGGGGAAAGUAAAAAAAAUCUACAAUGCAGAUGAUGGAAUUCUUAAGAUCAAAGAAGCUGUAUGUUGCAGAAGAGUUCUUAUUAUUUUUGAUGAUGUCGAUGAUUUGGAAAACAUAACUAAAAUAAUUGGAAUGCAAAUACCUUUUUUUCCAGGAAGUAAAAUCAUCCUAACUAGUAGGCAUCGACAUCUGCUAAGUGGUCCUUUUAUUACCAAGAUGUUUGAUUUGGAAGAAUCGUCUCGUUAUGGAAACUUAUGCAAAGUGUUUGAAGUAAAAGAAUUAGCUUUCAAUGAAUCACUUCAACUUUUUAACUGGCAUGCCUUUGGUCACAACUCUAUAACUGGGAGUUUUAUGGAGUAUGCAAGUAAUAUAGUCAACUACUGUGGUGGGCUUCCAUUAGCUCUUCUUUUGGGUUCUUCACUCUCUGGCAAAAGUACGAGUGUAUGGAAAAGUGCAUUGGAAAAAUUGGAAGAAAUCCCUGAUAGCAAGAUUCAAAAGAUUCUACGAGUAAGCUAUGAGUCACUUCAAGAUGAUCAUGAUAAAAAUUUAUUCCUUGACAUAGCUUGUUUAUUCAUUGGGAAGGAUAAAGAUUAUACAACUACAAUUCUGGAUGGUUGUGGUUUCUAUACAACAGUUGGAAUUGAAAAUCUCAUAGGCAGGUCUCUCCUAAUUGUUAAUGAAAAAAACAAGCUAAUGAUGCAUCAAAUGGUUAGAGAUAUGGGAAAGGAAAUUGUUCGCCAAGAAUCUCUUAAUCCUGGAAAACGAAGCAGGUUAUGGGAUAAGGACGCACUCGAUGUAAUAAGAGAAAAAAUUGUAAGAGAUUUUAUUUUAAUCUACUUGUUUCUUGGUUCCAAGACAGUUAAGUGUCUUAUUGUUGACCUACAAGGAUUGCUAAAACACAAAUCUAGAAGGAUAACUGCAAGUCUACAUUUAGCAAAUCAUUCAAAAAAUCGGUUUGCCAUGUCAAAUGAGGUUUAUAUAGAAACUGAUACAUUUGCAAAGAUGCAGAGACUGAAACUACUUCAGCUAGAUUAUGUAAAAGUUAAAGGAGACUUCAAAGACUUCCCCAAAGGCUUAAUAUGGUUGCACUGGCAUGGAUUUCCUUUACAAUCUCUUCCAACGGAUUUUGAUAUUAAGAGGCUUGUUGUUCUUGACAUGCGCAAUAUUUCUCUAUCCUUUUUUGAAGCAAUUCACAUUUGUAAAAAGAUAUUUUUUUUUUCUUUUCUACAGUGUCUGCCAAAUUUGAAGAUCCUUAAUCUCAAUCAUUCACUUGACCUUCUCAAAACCCCAAACUUUUUAGGACUUCCAAGUCUUGAGAAGUUGUUGCUCAAAGAUUGCAUAAAGUUGAUUGAGGUUGAUCAAUCCAUUGGUGAGCUAAAGUCACUUACUUUUAUAAACCUUAAAGGUUGCAAAAAUCUUAUGAAACUUCCAAAGACAAUUGGCUCGUUAUUGUCUCUUAAAGUGCUUAUUUUAUCUGGUUGCUCAAGACUUGAUGAUGUCCCAAAAGAGUUGCAGAAUAUGAAAUCAUUAAGGGUGCUUAAUUUAAAUGAAACAGCCAUAUACAAAUCAAAAUCGCGGCUGUCUUGGCUAUCACUGAAAAGAAGCAAAGAAUUGGGUUUGUUUUGGCCAUUUUUACCAUGCUCUUUGGUAAAGUUGAGUUUUGAAAGUUGCAGACUAUCUGCUGAUGUUAUACCUAACGAUCUUAGCAAUUUACCUUCCUUGAAAUCUUUAGAUUUAAGUAAAAAUCCAAUCCAUAGCCUGCCUAAGAGCAUUAGUAGCCUUACGAAGCUUGAUGAACUUCUACUGACUUCUUGCUCAGAGCUCCAACUAAUUCCAAAGCUUCCAAUAUACAGUCCAUUCUUCGAGAGUUACGUGGGAUGGUCUACGUUAGCAAUUGCGCUGUCAAGUAUAACAUGCCUAACGUCUUUGAAAAGAUGUAUUAUUUUUGGAUGUCAAAAGCUAACUGAGGUUGAAGGUGUGUUCAAGUUGGAACCAAUUGAAAAUUUUGAAGUGGAACAGAUUAAAAACUUGUUCAACAUUGAUUCUAUUAACAGCAAUAAAGUGCAGCUUUUUAACUACCUAACAGACACAACAAUAGUUGCUACACCACAGGUAAUACAUGAAUGCGGUAUAAUUAGCACAUUUGUUUCAGGAAGUGAGGUUCCAAUCGAGUUUGAGUAUCGCACUAAAGGAUUUCAGAUCACUUUUUCUCUGCCAAAACCAUCUUAUCCGGCAAUGGGCUUCCAGUUGGAAAAUGGCAUUUCUCUGAGCUGCAAGGUGGUGCCUUUGCAACUCAAUGUAAGAGAAUUAGGCAUUACAUGUGGAUCAGCAAACAAUAUUAGAUAUGAAUCAAACUUUCAGCACUACUAUUCAGGAAAUGAAGAGCAUGUGACCAAAAACGUUGAGUUGAAAUUAACUGAAGAUUUAUUCAAUUUGGGCUCUUGUGAAAAUAUGAAAGUGCAAAUUUACAAUCAUUUAGAGGAAUCAAAAUCCGUCGCUUCCCCACAGGUGUUAUAUGAUUGUGCCAUAAUUUCCGAAUAUUAUCCAUCCUAUGAUUUUCUUAGUUUUCGCAUUUGGAGUUAUGUUCCUAAGCCUAAGAUUUCAUUGACGGUGCCCCCAAACUCUGGUCGAAAGAUUAGCCAGCUAAAAUCUAUGAUCUUUCUUGUUGCCAAUAACGAUAAAGCAUCGGAUUUCUUUUCACGAGUUGUGAUUGUGAACGAGACCAAAGGCACAAAGUGGAGCCAUGCUAAAUAUUUUUUUGGAAUCCCAGAAGCCAAAAACACCGCAAUCUGUUGGUUAAAUAGUUGGAAAUUUAGGGACGAACUAGAAGCUGGUGACCGUGUGAAUCUUACAGUGCUUUCAGAUUUACAUUUAGUAGGAAAUAAUAUUGACUUCGUAUAUGAUUGUGAUCCAGUCGACGGAGACAAUCUUGUUGAUCAGAUAAACACCGUGGUAAUGAGACCUAUAGUUCCAAGAGCUGAUGGCAGACUUGAAAGCAGAUUAGGGACUCAGCGGUUCUUCAAAACAUCAGGUAGGCGAAUUAUUAGAGGAAGUUGUAAUCCAAGGCCUCCUGACAACUUGUUGCCCGAAACUUUUCACCACCUUUAG